AUGGUACCACCUUUCGAGGGCAGGCGAUGUUCACCGGCUCCGCUUCGGCAUCCUCCUUGUCCGACACAUGGACGGCUGCUUCCUCGUUCGGCCCCUUUGGCCUCUUCGGUAGAGGGGUCACAUCGAGGGCACCCUCGAUCACCCUUUUUCCGAUCACCUGAAGAUGGGCCUCCCGGAUCAGCUCGGCCUCCACCACCCUUCUCACCUGCCGUCGAUCGCCCGGCGUGCCCUCCUGUGCCGGCGCACCCUCUGCCUGGCGGGGCGGCUUCGUCUUCGGCCUCGAGGAACCGGUUUUCUUCUUCUGAGGGGCCCGCAACUAAAGCCUCCUCCUCGUCGCUUCGGUCAUUGCCCUCCCACCAGCCACUGCACAAAACAAAGUUAGCGCAUAUUCGGCAUACACCACAAUAA